AUGGAUGCACAGCAGCUAGCUCAUAAUUGUCUGAACCCCAUCUCCAGGGUCUCUGAUGACCUCUUCCUUACUCCUUGGGAAUCUGUUCUCAUCUGUGAUGCACACAAAGACAGUCAAGCACACAAAAUGAACCUGCAGCUUCAGAAUAUACCCAAUUCCACCAUGGUGACUGAGUUUCUCCUCGAAUUUUUUGCUGAGACUUGGACACUCAGGCUCCUGAUAAGCAUGCUGUUUCUACUUAUGUACCUGGGCAGCCUGCUAGGGAACAUAACCAUCAUCAUGGUUAGCACCAUUGACCACAACCUCCACACACCCAUGUACUUUUUCCUCAGGAAUCUGUCCAUCUUAGACAUGUGCUACGUUUCUAUCACAGUCCCCAAAGCCUGUGUCAACUCUCUCACUGACAACAGGGGAAUUUCUGUGACUGGCUGUGCUGCACAGAUCUUCUUAGUCAUGUUUUGUGGAUGUGUAGAGAUUCUCUUCCUGACUGUGAUGGCACAGGACCGCUAUGUGGCCAUCUGCCAGCCCCUCCACUACCCUGUGAUCAUGAACCACCAAUUCUGUGUUCAGAUGACUUUGGCUUCCCUAAUCCUUGGCCUUGUCAUAGCAGGUUGUCACACUGUGAAAACAUUCCAGUUGUCCUUCUGUCACUCUAACCUGGUCCCUCAAUUCUUCUGUGACAUCCCCCCUUUGUUGAAGCUCUCUUGUUCAGACACCUUUAACAACAAGCUCUUAAUUCUUCUGACUGCCAUCAUCAUUGAUGGUGGCUGCUUUAUCUUCAUUUCUGUAUCAUAUAUUCACAUAUUUUCAACUGUGUUGAAGUUUUCAGUCAAAGAAGAGAGAAGAAAGGCCUUUUCCACCUGUGUCCCUCAUAUUAUUGUGGUGUCUGUGUUCCUUAGCUCUGCUGCCUAUGUGUAUCUAAGACCUCCAAUUAUCUCAGAAGUUGUUCAGGACAUUAUUCUGUCUGUAUUUUAUACCAUUAUUCCACCAUUCUUAAAUCCUAUCAUCUACAGUCUAAGAAACAAACAGAUAAAGGAAGCUGUGAGGAAAAUAAUGUUGAGAAUAAUUUAG